CCCGCAAAUCCCGGGGCUCAGCGAUCAGCUGUGGAGCCAUGGGGAACAACAACACGGACGACGACGGUGGGCUGUUGGCCGGGCGUGGGUCAGAGCCCCUGGGGCCGGGCGCCGGGCUUGGGGGCACGGGUGUGGCGGCGCUGGUUGGGGGCGUGCUGCUCAUAGGCUUGGUGUUGGCGGGGAACUCGCUCGUGUGCGUGAGCGUGGCCUCCGAGCGCACCCUGCAGACACCCACCAACUACUUCAUCGUGAGCCUGGCGGCCGCCGACCUCCUCCUUGCAAUACUAGUGCUACCUCUCUUUGUCUACUCCGAGGUUCAGGGUGGCGUGUGGCUGCUGAGUCCCCGCCUCUGUGACACCUUGAUGGCCAUGGACGUCAUGCUGUGCACUGCCUCCAUCUUCAACCUGUGCGCCAUCAGCGUGGACAGGUUCGUGGCCGUGACGGUGCCGCUAAGCUACAACCGUCAGGGUCAGCGCCAGCAGCUGCUCAUCGCCGCCACAUGGCUGCUAUCUGCCGCGGUGGCUGCGCCGGUGCUGUGCGGCCUCAACGACGUGCCCGGCCGCGAUCCAGCCGUGUGCCGCCUGGAGGACCGCGACUACGUGGUCUACUCGUCCGUUUGCUCCUUCUUCCUGCCCUGUCCACUCAUGCUGCUGCUUUACUGGGCUACUUUUCGCGGCCUGCGGCGCUGGGAGGCAGCCCGGCACACCAAGCUGCACAGCCGCGCGCCGCGCAGACCCAGCGGCCCCGGCCCGCCCGUGUCGGACAAUGCUCGGGGUCCCCUUUUUCCACAAUGUCUGCCCCCUUCACCCAGCCUCCUGCAAAGCCCCAGCGGCUCCAACCAGCCUGAGCCAGAUCUCUCUCAGAGACCCUGCGGCCCUGAGUGUCCCCUCCCGGAUGCAAUGCUCCAGCAACCGCCGGCACUGCCUUCCUGCAGGAGGGGCGCCAAGAUCACGGGAAGGGAGCGCAAGGCAAUGAGAGUCUUGCCGGUGGUCGUCGGGGCCUUCCUGAUGUGUUGGACGCCUUUCUUCGUGGUGCACAUCACGCGGGCGCUGUGUCCAGCUUGUUUCGUGCCCCCUAGCCUGGUCAGUGCCGUCACCUGGCUAGGCUAUGUCAACAGUGCCCUCAACCCCAUCAUCUACACCAUCUUCAACGCCGAGUUCCGCAGCGUCUUCCGCAAGUCUCUCCGUCUCCGCUGCUGAAAAGGCCACUGCUGCUGUCCUGAGGUCAGGGAGAUCCAAGCCUGUGGGCGGAGUGCGCUGGCGCGUCUGAUUAAACGAAUUAUUUCCUAAUCAUUUAUGAAGGCUGGGGGUUGGGGAGGAGCAAGCAAAAGAGGAGGUAUUUUGGCCUGUAUGAUGGGGCCUGGAUACUACUGGCUCAGCUCCAGGAGGCUUCUGAAGUCUCUUCUGCCCCAGGAAGAAUAGGAGAACUACUUCAGCUGGCUUUGUUUCCUCUUAACAGGUAAAGUGACCAAGUGUCUAUCUGGGAGAGGAGCUAGAGGAAUUUCCUGGGGUUCCUCUCCAGGCCAGCUCAGUAGGGAGGGCUCUGCUGUCAUUAAAAGGGGCAUGGGUACCAUUUUGGAAGCUUUCUUGAGUACGGUAUAUAUUAUAGCUUCCUGCCAGCCUCUCUCCAGAAGAUGCCCUGAACUUGCAAAGUUCCACUGGAGUUCCAGUGAGUCCCAUUCCCAGCCGUCAGUACUUUGUACUCCUCUGAAAGGGAGCCCUACACUCAGGUCCACCCAGGCCAUCUAUCCCAUGGAUAUCCAGCAGCAGGGUUCAAGGCAGGACUGAGGGACCCAAGCAGCUCCUGGGCUCGGGCUCUUUGGCCAAGGCCCAGUGCAGCAAGAAGAGAUGACUCCUGGCAGGGACAGCACACCCUAACAUUUUCCCCUCCCCCAUCCUCUCAUGGGAGAGAUGUAAGUCAGGACUGCAGAGGGGGGCUUUAGGUUGGGGCCCACAUCAACAGGUACAAAGUAUCACAGUGCUCUCAGUACUGAGAAACGAUGAGCUGAGUCCAACAGCAGUGUGCAAAUCCUCCCGUGCUAAAAUAGUCCCUGUUGGAUAAGGGGCAGUUCCCCAGCACUGAGGGUACUAACUCCCGCUGGAGCCUCUGCUGACACCCCCGGGCUAGCAUGCUGCUAGGUGUUAAUGGAGUCAUGGGUUCAUGUCUGCCCCCAUAUCGUCUAAUGUUAGUGGAACUGGGACGCCCUUAAAUUUUACCUCUGGACAGGCUCCAGAGCUACAGGGGAACCCUGUCUUGACAAAACAAACAAACCAAAAAGAAAAAAAUUUUACCCCUGGAGACUUUAGGAUACCAAGUGUGCCUGGCCUUUGCUGACUCCCACGGAAAAAAUCUGCAGAUCCAAACAUACGGCCGAAACUCAUGUGAGUGGGGCAGAAGUCACGGGAGGCUUGACACAGCUUGGGGAACUGAGCCCUAAGUGCCAUGCCCUGAGACCCUUUGGGUUUCUUCCUUAGAGGAAAAGGAAAGAAAAAAUUGAAUCGAUUCCAAAUUGCAUGUGACAGCCACUGCUCUUGGACGGUCACCCAUCUUGGUGUUCUGGGGGCUUUCACACAGUGCCACUUCUUGGGGGUAGACACCCUAAGUGACCCCUGCAGGCUGUCUUGUGGUUAGCAGUCUGAGGAGCUCCUGGACGCAGAUGACUUUGCCAAGCACUUGUCUUUUUUCUGCUGUCAGUGUGCAAACUGAGCAAUGCUAUGUAGCUUAGCCUGCUCUGCAUGGCCUGGGUGACUGGUUGGAGCUGAGAGCUACUCAGUCACCAGAAAGCUCUUCUGGGAAGAAUGGCAAGGUCCCUACUCAAAGGCUUGAUUCCAGCAGAAAUAAACAGGAUGGUCAUGAAGACCUUAUUCAGUGGGAAGGGCCUCAGGCCUGGAGCCUCCAGGUGCCUGGCUCACUGAUCAGCCUUAGGGAGAAGGCCGGGGGCCCCACAGAACUAGAAUCUCCUGACUCACAUACGUGCCCCUCCCUCAACUAUCACAUUGAGGGACCUCAGGGAUCUGCAAGGUGCAGGACCUUCUGAUAGGAGGAACUAUUCGUGGCCCAGGGCAGGGUAGCGGGAUGAUCUUUUUAUACAUACCAAGGUGUAAAGCUGGUGUGUAUCUGGCAGGAACUAUUUUAGAAGUAGGUGUAAGAAUUGGUAAGUCUGAGAGACAGGCGGAUCUCUGGGAGUUCAAGGCCUGCCUGGUCUACAAGGGCAAGUUCCAGGACAGCCAGGGGUACACAGGGAAACCCUGUCUCAAAAAACAAACAAACAAAAAAAAAUCAAAAGAAAGAAAAAAGAAAAAGAAUUGGUAAGUCUAUAAGUUCACCCUAAACUUGAAGGCGCUCCCUGAGGCCCUGGCUGAGUCUGCACGUUCCCUACAUAGUGCAAGGGAGCAGGGGAGCCUCAGGACCCUGACCCUUAUGAGUCAGAGUCUUAACCCUAAAGGGCAUUUCUGAGAAUUUAGAAAUCCAGAAUGUGCUCCUCUGGCAGUGUUCCUUGUCCGCGGGAACAUCAGGUCUCUGAUCAGCCAAGUCCAGUACCUGAGUAUGAGUGUCCCGCAGAGGUCCUGCCUCUGGGAUGGCCCUGGGUGAUGAGAAGGGAGAGUGAAGAAAAACAAAGACAACCGGGACUUCACACAUUUCCCUGUGCACCCAACAGGAUGCCCCUGGAGAUUCACAAGUGUCCUUCAGCUGCUCAUGGCAUUGCCUGGACACAAGCAGAGCUGAGAGGCUACGGAGCCAAACCCUGCUAAGCAGUCUCAGGUUCUCCUGAUACUGCUUCCACUAGAGAAAG